AUGAGUACGGCUGUUGCCACAUUUGGAGUCGACAGAGCACCGUCGAUGAAGUUGCAUGCCAGUAACUCCUCCAUCGAAUAUAGAAGAAAGACUUCGUACCGUAGAGCCAGGAGGACCUUGAACGAAAAGAAGGAAGUUCGAUCGUCCAUUUUAGCGUCUUUGGAUAGACAAAUCUCCUAUCUAGAGCCCGAAGAACCGGAACAGGAUAUCCAACCAAUCCCUUUGGUAACGGAAGUGCCCAUUGAAGAAGCCACCAAUACAGAUAUUCAUACAACAAAUACAACAAACACAGUAGUGCCAUUCGAAUCCGUUCUAUCGCAACAAGUGUUUACACCACAGUCGCACCGGCAAACUCCACCAAGGCAAAAGCAAAACAAACGCAUUUCCGAAAGAUCAAGUCGUAUCUUGGAGUCCUUGGACAAGCACAUUGGAAGGGACCACGAAGAGGAGGAGGAAGAAGUGGAAGAAGUAUUGCAAGUCAAAUCAGCACCCUCUACACCCAAACGCCCCGCAUCCUCUCCAAAGCCGUCUCCAUCGACGCUACCAAAGAGAAAACCAAAGCGGAUUUCUCCCAAAUCCAAAAAGCUAUCAAGAAAUCCAAGGAAAUCUAGCAGAAUGGACGAUUCUUCUUCCAGAAGAAGCAGCAUGGACUCCUCCAAGCAAAGUCUGGGAUCCAGAAGGAGUAGCAUGGACAAUACAAUUGACACGAGAAGAAGUAGCAUGGACACUAGCAUGGACACGAGAAGGAGCAGUAUGGACUCUACCAAACAAUCCUAUUCCACUACUACCACUUCUACUACUAUUCCACAACAUUUGCAGCCAUCUUCCGAAGAUGCGCUUGCUUCGGUUUGGGAUGGAGACGAUGAUGAUGUGGCCAUUGGUAAUCUUACUCCCAUGAAGAAAGCAAGCAAGAACAAGAACAAUGGUGAUUCUUCACCUGAUGUAUCUCCCUCUUCUUCCAUGGAAAACGAUGAUGAAGAUAACGAGGAUCCUACGGCUACUCCCAAUACUCGCAAACAAAAGCGCAAGAAAAAGAAAAAGGGAACCAAACGCCGAGGUUCCAAUGGAGGAUCCUCCAAACGAUCUUUGGGCAGCAGCUCCACCACCUUUAGUACCAUUGCUAGUACUACUACCAAUGGUACCAGAUCUCAAAUGGAAAGUUCUUUUGACAAGUCCUUGGCCAGUACUUCGAUUGAAAUGACCAUUGAAGAAGAACCAGCCACUGCUUCGGCUAGAGCACUAGUUGAAGAUAGCAGCAAGCAUCGGGAUGGAUUGACUCGUAUCUUGAGUAAAAACAAGGAUGUGGCCAUUGGCAAUUUAAUGCCAGGUGGCGGGGGUGGAAGCAAGGCACGCCACCACCACCACCAUGCGGCACCACCAUCUCCAACCUCUCCCGAUCCAUCCAAGCGGACUUCGGACAAUUCCUUGGAUUCCGAGGAUCAAUUUGAACAUUUUUAUCAAGAGCCAAUCCAACGCAGCUCGAUUGUAUCCACCAUGGAUGCUGCCAAUGCUGCUGCGGCUGCCGCGGCGAAUAUUUCCUUUGACGAGGAAGAAGAGGAGGAAGAAGAGGAACACACCGACAUUGAUGUGGAUCUUCUCGAAGCCUCCAUGAGUCUCUCCGACAUUUUUGGAAAUCUGGGUGAUUCCAGUGAUGUGGCCAUUGCGAACCUUACACCCGCAAAGCCUCCAGCCAAAAAGGAGGAAUUGACGGCAAGACCGAGAGCUUCGUCCGUGCCAAAACAACGAUCGCAACGCAUGGACGAAGAUGAUAACGAGCCAACAAGUAGUACCGGUACACCAAAGUCCUCCAAGAAGAAGUCUCGAUGGUCGCUCCGAUCGCAACGAUCGGUUGAUGUGGACAUUGAAAAGGAAGACCAAGAGUCUUCCAAAAAGACGUCUCGUUGGUCCAUACGAUCUGGACGAACUGUCGAUGUGGACGUGGACACCAAGGCGGACGAUGCUUCCAAAAAGACUUCUCGCUGGUCCAUACGAUCUGGAAGAACCGUUGAUGCGGACAUUGACAAGCGGGGCUCCACAAGAUCUCAUCGUACCGUGGAUUCGUGGUUCAACCGAGGAGGAGGAAAGGAGCAACAACCACAAGAUGACGAGAAUAGUUUGAACAGUCAAGACUUGGCCUCGGAACAGAGAUUGGCUGCCAUCUUUGGUAGCCAAGGGCCAAACAGCAGCAUUCAUAACACACCAGCAGCAUCGCCCAUUGCCAUUCGAGCCAAACUUCCACCACCGCCCCCUCCUCAUAGGCAACCUCAUCGCCACGAAGAAUGGACGGAUGUGUCCUCGCCCCAAGCACCUAAUGAUGAUGAUAGUGAUGAACACUUGGAUCAAGAUAUCAAGUCCAAACUUCGUCUACAGGCAAUCUUUGGAGAAGAUCACGAAUUGGCCAAGUCUCCCGAGCCCCAAAUUCGCAAGCAACCAAGAGUGGAACGCAGAGGAUCCUUCAUGUCCAACAGAUCUACUCGAUCUGGCAGGUCGGCCGAUUCCAAGCGCAAGCAAUCUUCCUUUGGUUCCUUGCACACUCGUUUCACCAACAGAUCAGGUCGAUCCAAAGAACGAUCCAUUGAUAAUAACUCUUCUGUUGGAUCCUUGCACCGAUCGGGACGAUCCAAAGAACGGUCCAUUGAUGCUUCUCUUGAGAGACAAGAACGUCGAUCUUCCAUUGGUUCCGUGUUUUCCGCCAGAUCGGGUCGAUCUCGGGAAUCUUCCGUGGAUGCUUCCUUUGAAAGACAAGAACGUCGAACCUCUCUUGGUUCCUUGCACAGUCGCAUGUCAAUGAAGUCGGCAGACUCUUCCGUCAAGAAAUCCAAAACGACGAAUCGGUCCAAAUCUCCAUUGAGACGAUUCUCUCCCAAGAGGAAUCGGACUCCAGAAAAGCAGCGACGAGUGCCAGAAGGUACUCCCAACUCCUCAGGGGGUCGUCCGUUGGAUGAUGAUGAUCUCAUUGUAGAAGGUGUAUUGAAGCGAUACAAUACCGAACAAUGCCGUACCUUUGAAGACCACCAAGAAAUGGCCGAAGCCGCGCUCAUCUCGAGCAUUACCAACACUUCUCCAAGAGAGCUGCGCCGCUUGAAGACCAAGCUGGUCGAACGCCUGCGCGCCCAAUUGGAAUCCAGAGGUUAUCGCAACGGCGAAGAAGACGAAUCUGUGAAUGAUUCUGAUCACUUGAUUGAAGUUUAUGAUAAUCCUCAAGAUGAUCCAAGUGAUGUCACAAGUCUUACCAGUCUGACAUCCUUUACCAACUUUCAAGGUGGAGCAUCUGUCAAGAGUGGAUCGAUAGGAGCCCUUACCAAGUCCAGUCGCACGUUGGACCGACCUUCCAAUUCGGCACUCAACUACCAACAUGGCAACCAGGAUACGGAAUUGGUCUUUGUCACCAAGGUGCCCAUCUCUGGUGGCAAGUAUACUGGUACUGUCUGUCCCAUUACUUCUCAGCCAGAAGGCAAUGGACGCAUGGUCUACCGCGGAUCCAAGGGUGUCUACAAUGGCGAAUGGAAGCAAGGCCAAUGGAAUGGAAGUGGCAAGCACAUCAAAGCCAAUGGUGACUACUAUGAUGGAAACUUUCUCGAUAAUCUGUACCAUGGGGAAGGUGUCUUUAGCUACAAGGAAAGCGGCCGCUUCUUUGAAGGAAAAUACGUCAUGGGCGAACGCACCAAGGGAACCAUGCGGUAUGCCGACGGCAGUGUCUACAAGGGACAAUUCUACCACGGCCGCCGCCAUGGCCGUGGUUCCUAUACCUUUAAGGAUGGUUCUCGCUACAAGGGCGACUUUUACAAGGACCUUAUGCAAGGGAUUGGUGAAUUGCGUUUCCGGGAUGGUAGCAGUUAUGUCGGAGAAUGGAAACGAGGCAAACACGAAGGUCAAGGAAGCAUGUACUCUCCAGAUGGCGUGCUCUGCUGGGCCGGCAUGUGGCAGGACGGAAGACAAGUUCUGGAUGGCUAA